CAGAGCUAUCCCAGUUAUUACCAAAAGUUGAAAAUAUUAUAAAUUGAAAACAAUGACGUUUUUACGCAUUGCAGCACUAUUGUGUUUGGCUUUUGCCGCAUCGUUUGCCGAGGAUCUGGCUUGUCCAGGAAUCUGCACGGACGACUAUAGACCAGUUUGUGCCACGGCACCAGGAGAACGUCUGAUCACUUUCUCCAAUGAAUGCGAAAUGAGAAACUUUAACUGCCACCAAAAGAAAUCUCUAAAGAAACUUAGUGAUGGUAAAUGUCCACAAAUGACAAGGGAGACGGAAAAAUGCAAUUCAUUCUGUACUUUUGACUACAGACCUGUAUGUGCAGCAGCCGAUGGUGAAAUCAAAACAUUUGCAAAUGAAUGUAUUCUCAAAAACUACAACUGUCAAGAGCGCAAAUCUCUCAAGAAGGUCAGUGAUGGUGAAUGCCCUAAAAUAACAAGAGAAGCUGAAAAUGAUUGCAACUCCUUCUGCACUUUGGAGUUUAAUCCCGUAUGUACCCAACAAAAUGGAGAAUUCAGAACUUUCGCAAAUGAAUGCGUCCUCCGUACCUUCAAUUGCCAAAAACGUCAAUCAUUCAAAGUUGUCAGCUCAGGAGUUUGUCCAGAAAUUAAAAGGAAAUCUGAACAAAAAUGCGUAUCAUUCUGCACAUUUGAUUACAGGCCAGUUUGUGCUGGAGAAAGUGGAGAACUAAGAACAUUUGCCAAUGAAUGCGCUUUAAGAAACUACAACUGCCAGCAAAGAAAAUCACUCAAAAAAAUCAGUGAUGGUGAAUGUCCUCAAAUUACCAGAAACGAAAAGAACUGCAACUUGAAAUGUACCAAGGAAUACAGACCAGUCUGUGCCGGAGUUAAUGGUGAAUUGAAAACUUUCAACAACGAAUGCGUUUUGCAAAGUUACAAUUGUGUAAAUAAUAAAUCUCUUCAGAAAAUCAGUGAUGGCGAAUGUCCCAAAAUUGUAAGAAGUGAAGAAAACUGUCCAACCAUGUGCACUUUGGAUUACAGACCAGUUUGCGCAGCAGCCAACGGCGAAGUCAAAACUUUUGCUAAUGAAUGCGAUUUACGCAGUUACAACUGCCAACAACACAAAGCUCUGCAAAUCCUGAGCGAAGGAGAAUGUCCACAACUGACAAGAUUUUAGAAUGAACUUGUUCGUGACCUGACUGAUUAGUUUUAAGCUCUCUACUAUUUUUAUACUUCUUUUUUAUUGAAUUGUUAACUCGAAAGUUACAAGUUAUCCAAACUAUUGUUUGGAAUUUAUAAUAAUCAAAUAUUGUUUUAAAAUUUUGUUA